UUUACUCAUUAGGGUAGUUCUCCGGGACAGGGAGAUCUGACGUCAGCGAGUUUUCCGCCCUGGGCUCGGGUAUUCUGGAGUCACACGUGGUCCCGUUUGAAACGGUUCGCAUCCAGAGCGCCCGAGCUCCCGGUUUAUCCCGCAGUUACCUCAGGGAAGGUGCGUUAGAGACACCCAAGCCGCCUGGGCAUCGGUGAGCGACUGUUCGGUCCUUCUCCUUCCCGAGUGGGUGAAGCAGGGAUCGCGCCGCGGCCAUGAUCAAUGAAUCUUGCGAGAACAGGACAGAUAUUACCCAAGAUGCGGGGCCCUUCGUCAGCGCCGCGAUGUUCGCUACUGGGGUGCUGGGCAACGUACUGGCGCUCGUCAUCCUCGCAAUGCACAAGCGAGACCUCAAGAGCAAAAUGUCGCUCUUCCACAUCCUCGUGAGCAGCCUAAUUAUUACCGACCUGGUGGGAACUCUGAUCAUCAGUCCGAUGGUACUGACCGCCUACGCCCGGCGCCGCACACUGCUGACUCUGAGCUUAUGCAGCUGUUGUGCCUUCGCCAUGGCUUUCUUCGGGCUCUGUUCCAUGUUCAUCCUGUUUGCUAUGGCGGUAGAGCGCUGUCUCUCCCUCAGUUGUCCCUACUUCUACCGACGGCACGCCAGCAACCGCUGCGGGCUGAUCACCAUUCCGGCUAUCUAUAUUUUCUGCCUUAUCUUCUGUUCCCUACCCCUGCUGAAGUUUGGCAUCAACGCGCAGUAUUGCCCGGGCACCUGGUGUUUCAUCAAGAUGGAAGUUUGGAAUCUGGAGGUGAAGCACCGCGUCUAUUCCCUGUCCUACGCGGUUCUGAUGAAGGUGCUGAUCAUCUCCAUUCUACUGUGUAACAUCUCCGUAAUAGUCAACCUCUGCCGAAUGUACCAAAGGCAAAAGACCCGCCGGCACUCGAGUGCGCACCGAACAAGAAAGCAUCGGCAUUCCCAGUCCGAAGAAGUUGAUCAUCUCGUUCUUUUAGCCAUAAUGACAACAACGUUUGUUAUUUGUUCUGUGCCUCUCACGAUUCGUGCAUACAUUGGAGCAUUUCACAAUGUCGAAAACGAUGGAAAUGAUCUUGUGGCUCUCCGUUGCCUGUCUUUUAAUUCAAUUAUUGAUCCAUGGGUUUUUAUUAUUCUCAAUACAACUGUGUUUAGAAAGAUAUUGUCCAGGAUAUUAUGCUGUAAAAUUACUUCUAAAAGAAAACAAUUACAUUGCAACACUGAUAAAAGUAUUGAAAUACUCACAUGAAGUCACUUUGGGACAGGCAUUCCUGAUACUUGAAUUUACUGAAAGUUUUUUCCAAAACUUAUUUACAACCAAACCAUCAUUUUGAGAGAAAGAUGCACUUGAUAUCAUGUGGGAUUUGGCACAUGAAUUUGCUUUUUUGUAUUUUCAUCGAGUAAGAAGAAAGUUACCAAUAAAUCAACAGAUAAGGGACAUGCACAGAGGUUUUUGACCUGUUGAGAGUCUGGCUGACAUAAGCUAUGAAGCAUCAUUAUUUUUCUCUCUGUGAUUCUUCAAAUAUUUGAGAAAAUAUUGUAAUUUUGUAAUUUUAUUUUAAACCAUGUACUCACUUUCAAGCUUUAUUUUAUAAAUUUAAUUUUUGCAUUCCUCUGUUUAAAGGAUAGCUUAUAUAGGUUGAAUUAGCUUUCAAAUUAUUAAAACAAAAUAUAGUGAAUGGGUCUAUUUAUAUAAAGCCAAUACUGGUUUUAUAAUCUAUUUAAAUUACACAAACAACAGGAAUUCUGCAGAUGCUGGAAAUUCAAGCAACACACAUAAAAGUUGCUGGUGAAUGCA